CUGCUCCGGCCGCGGGAGUUGUGCUGACGCCGACAGCAGAGGCGUCAUGCCUUCGCCGAAAGAAAGCGACGGAGCUCAUUGAUUAGGGUUGGAAUCUUCGAGCUGCCAAAUGUGCAAAAUCCCUUAAACACUCAGUAAACCGUCUACAGACCCUCUGUCCACUGAAACUGAUAUAAAGCUGCAGGCGGACGACGGCGAGCUGGCGCAGGUAGCAGGGUGCCCGUGGACCAUGAGAGACAGCGGGGCAAGCCUGGCUCAUAACCGCUGGCAGGGCGAGCUCUCGCUGACUGUGAGCCACGAGGGCACUCCUGGAGGAAUGGCAAGAGGGCAUCUGUUGAGCCCUGAUUCUCCUCACAAUACUCAAAGCCCCAUGCACUUAAAACUGAGCCAGAAGGAGCAGGUCUGGACUGGAGAGUACAUUGAGCCAGACGAAAUAGAUGAUGAAGACGAAGUGGAGGAAGAGGAGGAUGAGGAAAUAGAAGAUGAACAGAUGGAUGAAGGUGAAGAGAUCAAUUCUGAAUGUGCGCCGUUAGAAGAGGAGGAAGGAGUAGAGGACUGGCAUGCCCCACAUGAAUCACAGUUACGAGAACAGCAAUGCCAGAACCUGUCUCUGUCAGAUAAGGAGCAGGCCAAACUUGAAGCCAGAGACUUACCUGAGAGCCCUCUACGGGUUCGUCUUCGAGGGCUCAGGCAGCAGAGGCUAAAGCGAUGGAAGAGGCUUCGUGCCUGCAUGGGGCUGCGCUUCCGGCUCGCACACAACUGGAAGACAUGGCGGCAGCGUGCACAGUGGGUGGGCACGCUCGGGCACAGGCGGGCGAGGCGGUGGCGCCAGUAUAGUCUUUAUGCAAGCAGGCAGAGACGGGAUCCUGGCCCAAGCAGCUCAAGAUUAGUAGUUCAGAACGCACCUAGAAAUGAGACAGAAGCUCCGUUUGGUGACUUGAACGGUUAUCAUGGCAUUUCACAGUCCAGCUCAGCAAUCUGUGCUGGGAAAACUGAAGGGUGGAAUUUUUCCUCAAUGCUUGAGAAACCGACCAAGCAGAAGGUGGAGGUGGCCCUCACUGAAGAGCAUGUGUCCUGUGUCCAAGGCAUUUUGGACGAGUCUCUCCAUAAGUAUGGCAGUCUAAUCCCUAUACAUGCUGAUGACAUUGUAGAGCAACUGCAAGAGAUUUUCAAUGAGAAUUUCUCCCAGCCUCACAGGAAGGCAGAAGUGCAGCAGAUAAUCCAGUCCUACCAGCGGUCGCCAGGAACAAGCAUGUUACGAGGGUUCAGUGUAAACUACAAGCGUCAUGUCCUCACUAUGGAUGAUCUUAGCACCCUGUAUGGACAGAACUGGCUCAAUGACCAGGUCAUGAACAUGUAUGGAGACCUUGUAAUGGAUUCAGUGCCUGACAAGGUUCACUUCUUCAACAGCUUCUUUUAUGACAAGCUGAGAACUAAAGGUUAUGAUGGUGUGAAACGGUGGACAAAAAAUGUUGACAUCUUCAGCAAGGACCUACUCUUGAUUCCCAUUCAUCUGGAAGUGCAUUGGUCACUAGUAUCAGUGGACAUCAAGCAGCGUUCCAUCACAUACUUUGACUCCCAACGAACUCUAAACCGUCGUUGUCCCAAGCACAUUUUUAAGUACCUCCAGGCAGAAGCUAUCAUAAAGCAGCAGAGGGAUUUCCUCACAGGGUGGAGAGGCUUUUUCAAAAUGAAUGUAGGGAGGCAGAAUAAUGACAGUGACUGCGGGGCAUUUGUCCUUCAGUACUGCAAGUGUCUGGCAUUGGGACUGCCCUUUAGCUUCAGUCAGCAGGACAUGCCUAGACUGAGGAGACUCAUGUACAAAGAGCUUUGUCACUGCAAGCUCUCACUGUGAUACCUAAUGGCAGUGCAAAAAGUGGAUGGUUGAAAAAACAUGUGGAAACUCCCAUCUGUGCAAAGACAGGACAUUGCUGGACAUUGCGUUUUCAAACCCACUUUUUCAUUUUUGUUUUGUAUCAGUGUUACUUUCUUGUGUUUGUCAGAGGCCAAUGUCUUUUCUAACGGCUACUUUAUUGAAAUGUGGCAUUUUGAUGGGAGCCAUUUUGAACUCUUGGCUUCCACAGUGUUUUUCUAUGAUUUUUCUCUCCAUCUGUAAAGGUGUUAAUGCUUUUAUUAAGCGUGGGAAGUGUCAUGUUACUCAAAUGUGCAAGCGUAAUCAUGUUUCACUCUUAUUUUUCAAUAAAUCAUGCCUUAUGAAAACCGA